AUGCCUGCUGAGCGGGCGCGCCACGCAAAAAGGCUGGGUCAUGUCCAGCCUGUAAACGAACCGUUUGCGUCUCCUCUCGUGUUCGCUAAAGAUGCCACCACAAGCACUACCACCACCACUCAGACUACCGCUAAAACCACUACCUCCACCACCCCUACUACUAGUGCAGCGUCAUCGACAGUAAAGCUUUCUUCUUCAGUGUCUUCUGCAUCUGCAUCUCUUUCUACCUCAUCGCAGGCGUUGACGUCUUCAGCUUCUCUUCAGUCCACCUUCUCUGCACCGUCCGCAACCAUCCCGUCCACCAGCAGCCCCGCUGCGACGGGACUACCCAGUUCCUCUAACACUACGUCUCAAAGUGUGGUUUUCGUUACUGCCACUAGUACUCCAAGCCCGACCGCUACCACCAUCAACAAUAAUGCCAGUAGCGCAUCAAGCCAGGGUCUCUCUGGGGGCGCAGUCGGUGGUAUCGUGGCGGCCUCGGUAGUUGUCUCUCUAGCUUUCUUCAUAUUCAUCGUCCGUAAGACGUAUCUCCGCCGCAGGCAGAAGCGUCGAUUCACUUGGCCUGCUGGCAACGUCUUCAACGACACAAAACCGCUUCCUCCAGCUCCCGUUGAUGACUUCUCUGAAAAGCCUACUUCGGUGAAGCAUUCACCAAUGUCGCCUUUUGAGGCGCAUGGACAGUCGGUAUAUGCGAGUCCCCCUCAGCCCCCGAUUCAGAGGAUGCAGAGUCCGUUCACGGGGUAUGCGGGCCCAGCCCCGCCUCCUGCCUCGUACAACAACCCCAUGUCCAUGUAUUCCCAACCACCUCCCUCUCUAAUUCCCGGAGACUCUGUCGUUGCCAUGGCGCGUGCAGCAGCAGGUGUCGAUUCAUAUCCUGCUCCAGCUCCUACACCCAGAUUUCGGAUUGCCUCCGAAGCAGUCGUCAAGCGCGCGUUCAUUCCCACGCUUCCUGACGAACUCUCGGUUACAGCUGGCGAGCGUAUUCGUGUACUUGCUCAGUAUGACGAUGCAUGGGCGCUCUGUGCGAAUGGGCGUGGGGAACAAGGCAUGGUUCCCCAGGAGUGCCUGGAUCAACACGUAGCAUCUGACCAGGGAGACUGGCGGAAUGCUAGGCGUGCCAGCAGUCUGGUUUCGGAUGGCAGACGGGUUUGA